GCGCGCUGAAUUCGACUCACUGUCGGCUUGUUGUCAACACUGCGGACCGACGGCAACCAGAACUUUGAUUGAUGCAACUGACUAGUCUGACAACGUAAAUGUUCUAAGGAUUGCUGCAGUGGAGGGUGACAGAAUGGAGAUGGGAAACCAGAAACAAAACAUCAACGUGGAGGUCCAUGUUAAAUCUCACAGCACAGCUAAGCUGUCUGAGGUGAGGAUGCAUGUUCAGGCUCUACUGAAUCGCCACAGUGUGGUGUUUGGAAACUACAGAUGGACAGAGUUUGAUGAAGAUUUCCUGCAGACACAUGUGGAAUCUGUGGCUAUACUUGACCUUGAGGAAAUAGUAACACAGCCUCUAGAUUUGAAGAGCUGCUCUGUCUCCGUUCACAUCUUCACUCUGAAUGAGGAUGGACCCAGCAUGCUCAGUUUGGAGGAGGAUGAAGAGCUUUCAGCAGCCAAUCACUGGUUGCUGCCAGCAGCUGAAUUUCAUGGGAUUUGGGAGAGUCUGGUAUACGAGACUGGAGUCAAAAUGCAGCUCCUGGAUUAUGUCACAACAACAAUUUACUUCUCAGAUAAAAACGUUGACAGCAACCUGAUUUCCUGGAACCGCGUUGUCCUGCUUCAUGGCCCCCCAGGCACCGGGAAAACAUCGCUGUGCAAAGCUCUUGCCCAGAAACUGUCAAUCCGACUGUCAAAUCGGUAUUCGUAUGGCCAAUUUGUCGAGAUAAACAGCCACAGUUUGUUUUCAAAGUGGUUCUCAGAGAGCGGUAAGCUGGUCACCAAGAUGUUCCAAAAGAUUCAACAACUGAUUGACGACAAAGACGCUCUCGUGUUUGUUCUAAUUGACGAGGUGGAGAGUUUAACAGCAGCGAGAAAUGCCUCGCAGGCAGGAACAGAACCUUCUGAUGCCAUUCGAGUGGUCAACUCUGUCCUCACUCAGCUGGACCAGAUCAAACGACAUUCCAACGUCGUGAUCCUGACGACCUCCAAUGUGACGGAAAAGAUCGACUUGGCGUUUGUGGACAGAGCCGACAUCAAGCAGUACAUCGGGCCUCCAUCUGAGAAAGGCAUCUAUAACAUCUACCUCUCCUGCCUUGAAGAGCUCAUGAAGUGCCAGGUGAUCUACCCCCGGCAGCAGCUCUUCACCAUGUUUGAGCUCGAGACGAUGGGCUUUGCAAAGAGCGAGGUGUCCGAACUCAGUCUGACCCUGAGGAACAUCGCUCUAAAAAGCAAAGGUUUGAGUGGAAGAGCUCUCAGGAAGCUGCCAUUUUUGGCCCAUGCACUGUUUGUAAAGUUUGCUUCCUUGCAGACACCGACAGUAAGUCUUGAGCGUUUUCUGGACGCGAUGAGCCGAGCGGUGGAUAAACAGAAGGAGGAAAAAGCCAAUCUGAUCAACGGUGUCUGAACUUACUACAGUCGCCAAAGGCUGACAUAUGAUUGCUAGUGGUCUGUCCGUUUGUAGUUCGAAAAAGCUACAACUCUUACAUCUUUUUAUGAGGCUUGAUCGGUUCAUUUGGCAGCACUACAUGAAAUAUACUGUCAAAAACAUAGUUUUAACAAAUGCUAUUAACAGGAACUUCUAUAUUCAGGUAAUUCUGUUGGUGCUACGAUCUUAAAAGACCAAAGACCAUGUGUGUGAGGAAGUAGAGGAAUUUUGGUUUAAGAGGCAGUACCAAGCGCUUGAAUUUUCUAUUUGGUAUUAACUAAAUGUUUACUCUGUUCUUACAUUUGGAAGUGUUUGAUAUUUUUAUAUAACAUGCAGCUUUAACCUUAACAGUGCCACCUUUUUUUGUGUUGUUUUUAUGUUAAGGGUUGGUUGUGAAUUUUAUUUUUGGCAUUCAUUAUUAUUAGUUCUUAUAGUGACAUCGGUGCGUAAACACUUUCUCAAUCAGUGUGUAGUUUUCUUGUUGUUAUCCUGUGUUCUGAUACUCAUUUCUACCUGAGCAUCUGUGAUCACGCUGAGCUGAGCUUAUGUUUAUGUCUGAUGUCACUUCAUGUAAAAAAAAAUUAACACCCUUAACAUGCAGUUCAUUUACACACUGCUCAUUUAUUAUGUUUUUUUAAAAAGGGAUGGAAUUUUUUUUGAUCAGUUCUGUAUUUAUGCUAACAAAUUUCCUUUAAACUCCCUGUUCAUUACAUCUUUAUUUUGUAAAUAACAGUGUAAUAAACAGUAUUGUGUAUGA